AUGGCCAUGGAGUACUUCAAUCAGAUCAAGAACCGGCGGCGAUCCUCGCAGGUCAUGACACCCUCCAACCCUGUUCUAACUGCCGAAGAGGAGGCUUACCUGCGGCGACUCACUGCUCAGCCUGAGAAUGCGCCCGAGCCAUCUGGGCAAAGCGGCCUACCUACCGAAGCUACUGAGACUACUGCAGAGGGCUUUCAGCCGUCCGCUCUGAACGAGACCUCACAAGAGGCCCUGAGCGUACCGCUUCCUACCUCGCCGCUAGAGGAGCUUGGAAAGGAGCUCGGAGAGGAAGAGAGGAAGGCGCAUGAGAAGUCCGAGAAUAUUGAGAAGACUGAGUCGGAAACCCCGAAGACAGAACCGGCGGCAGCCCCCGAAAAGAAGAAGAAACGAUGGAACGCCAUGUUCUGGAAGAAGAACACAGAGUCCGAAAAAAAUAAAAAGUCGAGUACCGGAACCGACUCGCAACCUCACAGCCCUGCUCCUAUUCCAACCGCAACAUCCACCACCGACAAUGACGACCAAGCAAAAAAGGAUCAGGAGGAUAUGACGGAUAUCUUGGAGCGGUUGAAUCUCGCAGCGGACAACAACCGCGUGUUCUCCGUUAGCGACGAGACACAAGAAUUGCUGAGGAAGUUCAAGUUGAUCUUCAAAGAUCUGAUCAACGGCGUUCCUACAGCCUACCACGACCUGGAGAUGCUCCUGACAAACGGAAAUCGGCAAUUACAGGAUACCUACACCAAGCUGCCUGGAUUCCUACAGAAGCUUAUCGAGAAGCUUCCCGAGAAGUGGACUGAGACCCUGGCUCCAGAGAUGCUUGCUGUGGCUGGCGAACGCGCAGCACAGAGUGGUAUCAACAUGGAGAACGUGGGCAAAGCAGCAGCCGCCGCCAAUAAGGUCGGCCUGAACAUUCCCAGCCUGAAGGAGCUGGUUUCCAAGCCAGCCGCCAUUGUCGGGAUGCUACGAUCGAUCAUGGCAUUCUUGCGCGCACGUUUCCCAGCUGUGCUGGGCAUGAACGUGCUCUGGUCAUUGGCCCUGUUCAUCCUACUUUUCGUGCUAUGGUACUGCCACAAGCGGGGCCGCGAGGUCCGGCUGGAAAAUGAGCGCCUCGUGACCGAGGAAGAAAUCAAUAAGCUCAACGAAGACACCGAACAGGGCAAGAUCCGUACAACGGAGACCUUGACAACGACAGCACCCCAGGGUGCCUCGACCGAGGAGGUUCGCGAAGGCGUCAGGAGAGUCGAAGAAGCCCGAGCUUCGGCCGUUGAGAGUCCUGCCGCAGCUUCGGCCGUUGAGACUCCUGUCGCAGCUUCGGAGCCCCUGAGUCCCACUGACGAGGGUGCUCGCCCAGGCCCAGCGCCGCUCCCGACCAGAUCCAAGUCCCGCCUUUCCAUUUUUGGUCGGUCCAAACCUGAGACUACGCCUUCAAACAUCGCGCCCUAUCCCGGAACCUAA